AUGAAUGAGAAGCCUCUCGCGACUCCCGCCGCUGCCGCCGAGUAUUAUUAUUAUUAUGUGCUUGCUUUUCCGCUUUGCGUUUUCUUCCGCGGCCCACUUGACAUGAAUGAUUCAUUGAUUCUUUUUUUGAAAACAGAAUUAAACUCGACUGGCGAAAGUGAGUUGAUUUGGCGGAGAGUCAAACAACAACAACAACAACAACAACAACAAGGAAAACCGGCUGCGACACCAUCUUGGGCGGCCAUCAAUUACGAGCUCAAGAAUCGGCAGCAGAAAAUUGCUAAGGUGAGACCGACCCCUCAUCAUCGCACAAUGACUGUCGGCGGUCCAAUGAUCGACGUUUCGUCGUCGAGAAGAUCCAGCGAUUACGCGCAACUCUGUGAAUUCGCCUCAGGCUCCACCGACUCCCCACGCGGAUUGCAUCUUGAUGUUCAUUCGAAGAAUGACGACGACGCUGUGAGCGUUGCUGGUACUGUGUUCAAUGAGCCAUGGGACUCAAAUGUUUGGGAGAAUUUGUUGGAUUUGGCGCAUCAUGGAGACGAGAACCCGCAUGGAUUAAAAGUUACCGACACGAUACAAGAAGAGGAUUCCGAUUCAGAUCGAACUGCCGGUGGAGGAUCGACAUCGCAAAUGGAUUCUGAUGAAGAUGAUGAUGACGAAGAAGAAGAGGAAUUGAGGUGGCCGACAGAACAGAAGCUGCGAAGAACUCUUCCAAGUGAUCGGGUUCUCAUAAAGGGCUGGGAGCAGGAUGAUGCUAGUAGUGCCAAGUACAGCACAUUGGAUAGUCGAGGGAAUAUUGGAGGCACACAUAAGCGAAAUCCAGAAGGAUCGUUUUCGAUGAGAUCCCUUCCGAGAGCAGUUUCGAGAUUUUCGCAAGCCAUGGGUCUCACAGCGAUUGGCUCUUUUGGAUCGAUUGACGAUCUUCCCACCACGUUGCCAUCGAUGUCACCGCUUCUUGGGGGCCGCACGUCAAGAGGAACAAACCCGUCGACGGAUAGCAAUGAGAAGAUUGGACGGGCGGUGCAAAACUAUGUCGAGCAGCUCGCGCAGGUUAGAGAAGGCGCCAACUCGUGUUUCGGGCUCACGCUACGACAAUUUGUGGCGUGCACCAAAGAAACGAAAGAAACUGAUCCGUCUGUAGUGGUGCGAAAUGUUCGACAAUUUAUAAAUGGGAUGAAGAAUUACUUGGUGAAGCACGGAGAAGGCGAUCUUCAUCGCAUAAUUGAUGAGGAAAGCGCGCGGUUGAAUAGCAAUCAAAUUCUGAACAUUGACGCUGUUCUGGAAGCUGUUCUUCACAAGCUUCUCCUUCGAGAAGUCAAACCACUUUUGUACCAUGUGAUGGUCCGCGAGCACUCGAAAUCCGGCACUCUUCAGCUUAUCUCGUCCAACAUUGGAAUUGUGCGAAAAAUGAGCCUUCAGCAGCUUGGCUUCAACAACGCGGACAAACUAGUGAUCCCAAACCAACAGACGAUGGAAAACGUUAAGCUGAUGAUGCGAAAAAUGCAGAGUCAUUAUUCGCCGCUCAAAAAACUCGAGAAUUUGAUGAAGUCGGUGUCGAUGGUCGUCGGAUGUCAAGACAAAUCGGCGGCGCUGGUUAAUGAAGAGAAUGCCGAUCCGGCAAUGCAGAAGGGCAUCCCGGCAGCCGAUGAUCUCGUCAGGUGGCUUGUCUAUAUUCUGGCGAGGACCUCGACAGUUGGAUGCGAAGUUGAAGCGUGGUAUAUGUGGGAACUUCUACCACAACCAAUUCUGAUGCAGAGUGACGCUUCAUAUUAUCUCACAGCUCUUUUCUCGGCUGUGCAUGUGCUGAAGAGCGCCGAAGCAAUCAGAAGACUCGGCGAACAUGACGAUAAAGUCAUAUCGCAUAUUGAUCUCUCGAGACAAUGCUGCUCAUCUCCGAUGCUCUCGACGGCGACGUUAACUCGCGGUCAUUCCCCAAAGAUUUCGACGAUGACGACAGCGACGUGCGACGCGUUUGUGCGAAUCGCUGUUCCCGAUGAAACUGUAGGAUGUGUCCGAUACGCGACGUUUCCCGGAGUUCCGGUGCUCACAACAUCCAAGCUCAGCCGAUUGGUUGCUCAUCAGCAAGGAAUCACAAAUCCAGAGGAGCAUGGAUUAUAUUUAAUAUCCGAUGGCUUCGAGUCAUGCCUUCAGCCAGCCGAUUGUCCCGUGAUGAUCCACGAGCAACUCAAAAAGGAGAACAAACCGCAUAUUUUCGCUUAUAAGCGACAUGAGGCGAAAAUCGUUUGGCCGCGAGCUGUGAUCUCCUCGUGCUAA